CCACCCAGGACGGACCAGGAUGAGAAGUGAGUCAAAGGUGACUCACUUGUUGGAAUGCCAUCAUGAGGCUGCAGACGACCAGUGAACAGAUCGUAAUGGUGAAGGACUGAAAGAGGGAGUGUAACUGUCUCUAUAAAGAUUAAAUCUGUACAGAUCAGAUACGAAUAUUUAGGUCAGGAGCUGCUUAUGUGGACAGAAAUACCUCUUAAAGUGAAUUUACUGCAUCAAAGCAUCAACUUUAGAAACCUUAACAAAUAAUAAAAAAAUAAUUAAAAUAGCAGAAAUUUUGCAUUGAUUUACAUCUAAAAAUCAAACUAAUUUUCACUUAAAACUCAAACUUAAUAGUUUCAAAUUUUCAGUUUGUUUGAAAUGUUUUAUUUUACUUGAAAAUUGUUAUUUUUUAAUCAAAACUACAUUACAAAUAAACAUAGAUAAAAAAGAAAAUCUAAACAAAAUAGUUUCCGUUUUUCUGCUGUUUUUCUGGUUUGAUCUGUUCAUAUCAAGACAUCCGAUCUAAUCCUCCAUGACUGACAGUGAAAACUACUUUGCUUCAUAAGCUCCACCCACUCCUUGUGAUUGGUUCAUUUGGUUGUUUACUCUCUUCACCAUGACGAAGUUUUUUUCAUGCAAUUAGUUUAUGAUGGAAAAUUUUUGGAAUUGCAUGUUUACAUAAAUGUAAUGUUUUAAAAUGACUCAUUUGGAAAUAAGGAUGUUUUUUUCAAAUUUUUCUGAUUUUAUUUUUUAAUUCAGAUAAAUAUGUUAUUUUUUUUCCUUUUUAAGCUUUAUUUUACUCAUCAGGAUUACUUACCACUGUUUGUCCCGGCGUUUUCGGGUGACCACACAACCAUCUCUCUACGGUGGUCCGUGGAGGUCACAGGUGGAUGACAGCAUGGAUGUCACUCCUCCAGGUUCUUGUGGUCCCUUGUUCUUGUUUCUUUGUGCUCCUUCUGCAAAUUCUCUGAAUUUACAGCCCUGAUUUUUUUGUGCUCCAUGAAGCCUCUGUAUAGAUGUGACCUUAUGUCAUGUGGAUCUGGUUUGGCCCUGGUCUGGCCUUAAGUCAGUGCACUUCUAUGAGCCUUAGAGCUCCUCAGGUUCUUCAGGAGUUCAAGCUGUUCCACAUGCUGUUAUCUUGGACUGCAGAAAACUGGUUAGACCGGAUCUGCACCCCUGAGCUCGGCGUCAGCAUCUGGAUCCACCACAUUUUCACUGCAGCCUUAGAACAGAAUGUUUACAGCUCUCACGUCUUCACAGACACAGGAUCACUGCUGGAUUAAGAGUGUCAUAUUCUGAACAAACUUGCAGGCUAACUGUAACAUCUCUGGACUAUGAUGACUACCACCUGACAACUGUGCCUCCACAGUGAGGUUCUCAUCUUCUUCAUGCUGGAUUUUGGUUGAUUUUUCCCUGAGCAGCAAAUCCAAAAAGAUGCUCUCCGGGACAGGAUGACUUCUUGAAGCAUUUGUGGAUUCAGAACAUGAAAGACUCCUUUUUUCUUCUGGUGUUUGGGACGGACAGCGGAGGGAUGAUACUCACAUGUGCUGUGAUGGUGGUGAUCCUGGUGAGCUGUCCAGACGAUAUUUGGACGCUGCCCGCCCCCAGCAGGGUCUUCGUGGACUCUGUCAACAUGAAGCACAUCCUGAGGUGGCGCCCCCCACGGACGGCGUGCAACACCACAGUCCUGUUCUCCGUGCAGUAUCAGGGAGAGUUUGAGCUGCUGCUGAAGAACGACAGCUGGAUGGACGCCUUCGACUGUCAGCAGAUCCCUUCUGCUCACUGUGACCUGACCUUUGAGAUGGGAUCCGACUCCGACUACGACAUGCGGGUCCGGGCUCAGUGUGGCUCGGAGAUCUCAGACUGGAAAAAACUCGGCUCCCCGUUCAACAGAAGAAACACUCAGCUAACAGUGCCUGAAAUGACGGUGAAAACAGCCGGUGAUACUCUGCAAGUGUUGAUGAAAGAAUUUCCUCUUUCUGCUGCUGUCAGCGUGACGGUGUGGAAGAAAGAUGAGCAGCAGAAAUCGGUGUACUCAGUGACAGCAGAGCAGCCGACGCUGCUCAUCGAAGCCCUGCAGGAGGGGACGGUGUACUGCGUCACGGCUCAGCUCAUGCUGCACUCAGGGGGUCGCAGCAACAGCACCCGCCCCCACUGUGUGUUAGUCACAGGUCCAGAGGCUGCAGCUUGGAGGACUCCCACCACCGUGACUGUGACCGUCAUCGUCAUGCUGGGGCUGCUGUUUGCAGUGUUCUGGUCUGUCGUCCACUGUCGUCUGGGCUCGUGCAAAAACUUCUUCAAGAAAGAGGAGCAGCCUCAGGCGAUCGGCCUGGUCAGUGAUCGUCCUAACCUGCACUCACGAAGAAACAUCAGAAAACCUGAGUGUUGUUGAGAAAAAACAGCUGAUCUUUAGCUCCCUCUGCUGGUGACACAAUACCAUUGAUUUUCUUGAAUGUGAAGGAAAUAUUCAGAUAUUUUAGGACGUUGAAAAUGUGUUUUGAUAUGCUUGGUUACAGUUUUUAUGUCACUAAAAGAAAAUAUUUCUUAAAAGAACUUGAGACUGACAGAGGAUUUAAAAACAUUUCCCCACUCAUUAUUGAUACAGAUUCCUGUUUGUCUACAGGAUUUCCCGG